AUCGUAGUCGAGUGUCAGAACAUAGUAUCGCAAAAAUGAAAGAAUCAAAUUGUUGAACUUCUAGUUCUACCGUAUUCACGCUUUCUGAGGCCUUGUGUGGACCAUUCAAGCAUCAGCAUUGAUCAGCAACUGAGAAUGCAGUCUAAGAAGUCUGACUUAGGACCAAGGCAAAGUUUGGAGCGAAAGAGCUUGGCAAAAGAACAGGAGCUGUGAGCAUUGAGGAGGCAAAUCUUUCCAACCAGGGCUUCCAUGGCGGCCCAAAGCCGCCUCCUUGGGGCGACAAGCGCGCCCUCAGCCUUCGAAUUCCGAACCAGCAAUCAGAGACCAUCUCGGGACAGCCACAUUGCAUCUUGCCUCCCCUGCGCCACCUACUCUUCUCGCCCCGCAUCCACCUCUGGUUUCCCCCAAAAGCGUGCAUCUUCUCAAACUCCCAAGCUGCUGUGGAAGGGGCUGGUAAGGCGUGAUGAUGUCAGCGGCGGGGUGGUGACUACGAAAAGCAGGGCUGCAGGCAAUCCGCCGAGGUCGGGAAGCAGGGGCUCUGCUCUUGGCAGCUCAUGCAGCACAAGCUCAUUAGCGGAUGUGUUUGUAGAAUUGAAGAAGAAAAACGAGGUGGCGUUCAUCCCUUUCCUUACUGCUGGCGACCCCGACCUCGCUUACACAGAGAAAGCGCUGACGACGCUCGAUGAGGAGGGCGCUGACAUCAUCGAACUUGGAGUCCCUUACUCAGAUCCUCUGGCCGAUGGACCUGUCAUUCAGGCGGCCGCCACGCGCGCUCUAAACCAACACACCGACCUCGCCUCCGUGCUCGACUUGAUGCACCGGGUGACUCCGAACCUGCGCGCCCCUAUCGUACUCUUCACUUACUACAAUCCAAUCAUGAAGCGGGGCGUGGAGAAGUUCGUGAAAGACGCCAAAGCAGCGGGGGCUGCUGGUCUGGUGGUGCCAGACAUCCCCUUGGAAGAAACAGGGCCUCUUCGGGAGCUCACAACGCAAAAUGGGAUGGAGCUGGUGCUGCUCACGACGCCCACGACACCGCUGGAAAGAGCGAAGGCGAUCGCCGAAGCGACACAAGGUUUCCUGUACUUGGUCAGCGUUGCGGGGGUUACGGGGGCCCGGUCACAGGUCGCGAGCCGAGUCGAGGGGCUGUUGACAGAUCUCCGAACAGCAACGGAUAAGCCGAUCGCGGUUGGGUUCGGAAUUGCGACAAAGGAGCACGCGGCUCAGGUGACCGAAUGGGGAGCGGACGGCAUCAUUGUAGGGAGCGCACUCGUGAAAGCCCUAGGGGAAGCUGCGUCCCCCGACGAAGGUUUGAAAGCUCUACGAACACUUGCUAGAAGUAUAAAGCAAGGGUCGAAAAAGCUAGUCCAAGCCGCUUAGAGGGACCCGUUCAGCCUGGGACUUUAGUUCACUUUACCUUCAGACUGGGUUCGGUAAUAGUAAUGUGUAUGGUUUCGAGUUUCUCAUGCCCAAGUUCGCUGGUGGGCCCAUGUCAUGGUGUAGCAUGCAACGGAAAACUUCCAGCGUUAUGAUAGUUGCCCUAGUAGGUGGCUCCGUCCAGGCAGAGCAUGCAAUCAACUUGUGAAAAAGCGGGCCGUAACACCAUGCA